AUGAAUCUAAUGAUAGGGAACAUUAACCAUGAAUCCCAAUUAAGCAACAUAUUAUCCCUGCAAAAAGAAUUCCACUCUUUCGUUCUAUUCCAGAGUGCUGUUACAAAUAUUAUGCUCCAUUAUUACCCUAUUCUGAAUUUAGUCAAUGAAAUCUUUAUGAUGUAUAUCUACAUAAUAUCCUCAGUUUUGCCUCUUGGCCUCCAGAGCCUGAAAUAUUUACUAUCUGGCCCCCAGACUCGGCGGCCUCUGAGGUUCCUUGUGGCUCUGGCGCUUUCUAUGGGUGUGAGGACGUGGGGGAGAGGAAGGCAGUGCCUGGACCCUGUUCCUCUCCCUCCCCACAGGCUUCCGCAAGGUCAUGGAGGGCAUCCACAAGGCCAUUGAGCUGGGCUACAGUCCUGUGAAGGUGAACUGUGUGGUGAUGCGAGGCCUGAAUGAGGACGAACUCCUGGACUUCGUGGCCUUGACCGAGGGCCUUCCCCUGGACGUGCGCUUCAUAGAGUACAUGCCCUUUGACGGCAACAAGUGGAACUUCAAGAAGAUGGUCAGCUACAAGGAGAUGCUGGACACCCUCAGGCAGCAGUGGCCGGAGCUGGAGAAGCUGACGGAGGAGGAAUCCAGCACAGCCAAGGCCUUUAAAAUCCCUGGCUUCCGAGGCCGAGUCAGCUUCAUCACGUCCAUGUCUGAGCAUUUCUGUGGGACCUGCAACCGCUUGCGAAUCACAGCUGACGGGAACCUCAAGCACAUGCUGUGCGUUCAGCCCUGGGGACGGCGGCUGGAAGGGAGGCGUGGACAUGCCCAUCUUCUGUGAGGCCACAGAGACUCCCUGUGAGACCAAACAAAGAGCUAAUGGGUGGCAGCACAGGAUUCUUCAUCAAAUGAGGGGCCGGACAGGCCUCUGGUGGUGAACCUGGAAGGAGCGCACAGGGACCUCAUGGGUGUAUCUUCCGCUUAGAUCUCGUUCAUAUCUUCUCUGAUGGUCUCCGCUUGUCAAACGUGCUUCUGUGCCCACAGCACCCCGUACAGAGCUGACACUUGGUAGGUGCUUUGUGGGGCUUCAUGGGAGGAAGUAGGUGUCCCACUUUCCGGGACUGCCCCGUCCACCCCAAGCCCCCCAGAGCUCCCAGCCUCUCCCAGAAUCAGGGGAGCAUUGGGUCAAGUUUGAAUGACCUCAGGAUGCCAUCUCCACCAGCCCUCUGCUGUUCAGCCCCCAGCCAGGGGCCACCAACCAGAGCAGGGGCAGGCGGGCAGGGUCCAGGAGCAAAGGGACUGAAGAGGAUGGAGGGGAAAGGGAUGUACAUGCCAGAUCUGGAGGGGCUGCUGGGACUCAGCUCCCACUGACUGGGGUCCGUUCUCAUGGCAAUGAAGAGGCCUCUCCAUGGAAUGUCUCAGGAGA